GUGUUCUCCUUGAGCGCCAAAUACACUUUUCUCUCUCACAUACUUUCAACAAAUAGGUACGUAACUAUUCAUUCAAAUCUACUCCACCCAAUCCAUGUGCAUUUCAGAUCUUACCGUUCCGUCACUAUCAUCAUUUAAUUUCCACCAUUCACUUUUUUCAAUACUAUUAUUAUUAUUACGAUCAUUGUCAUUAUUAUUUUUCUUUGAUCUGAUUCGUUGGUUUUAGUUUUAGGGUUUAUGCGCCAUGGCAGAUGCACCGAACCAAUGCGAAGAAAGCCACGAGAGUGGUGGUGAACAGAGUCCACGUGGCUCUUCUUCUGCUUCACGUGAACAAGAUCGUUUUUUGCCUAUAGCUAACAUUAGCAGAAUCAUGAAAAAAGCUUUACCUUCAAAUGGGAAAAUUGCUAAGGAUGCUAAAGAUACGAUGCAAGAAUGUGUUUCUGAAUUCAUCAGCUUUAUUACCAGCGAGGCAAGUGAGAAAUGCCAGAAAGAGAAGAGAAAGACCAUUAAUGGAGAUGAUUUGUUAUGGGCUAUGGCUACUUUAGGAUUUGAAGAUUAUAUAGAACCACUUAAGGUGUACCUAGCAAGGUACAGAGAGUUAGAGGGUGACAGUAAAGGAUCUGUUAGAAACAGUGAUGGAUCUGGUAGACGAGAUCAAGUUGGCGGUCCUCCAGGUCAAAAUGCUCAGUUUGUUCAUCAGGGUUCUUUGAGCUAUAUUGAUUCCCAGGUGCAUCCACAACAUCUGGUUAUGCCUUCAAUGCAAAAUCAUGAAUAGAUUAGAUGCUUCUCCUCACCUGCCAUUUUCAUUGUGUUGCACCUCUUCCGCCAUUUUCCUACUAAAAAGACCAAGAAGCUUCUCCUCAAAAAAGAUGAACUGAAACAAUGGUUUGGUGAUUUUAAAUUUAGGCGCUCGUGUGUAGAAACUAGAAAGCAUGGGUGUCAAAAUUUUGUUACGGUAUUCAGGUAGAUUUUGAAUACAAUUAUUAAAUUUAGCUGCCUUGCCCACCAAAGGGAAGAUAAUAUGUGUUCUGUAUGUAUGUGAUUCAUCAUGCAACUUGUCAUGGUGAGAAGUGCCUGUUUUGAGAACUCUAUUUAGAUCUUAGUAUUAGCAUGUCAUUACAAACUGCAUUUAUUAUUUCAUUUAGUUUAGGACAAAAUGUUGUUUCUCUCUUUGAUGGAUUUCUUAGAAGUUGAUUUGUCAAAGCACAAAUGUUCUUGGAAGGAUUGGCAGGUUCAGUUAA